AAGUUUUACACAUGAUUUACAUGAGAAUUCUGCAGAAGGUAUAUGGAAUCCGCCUGGAACAUUUCUACAUGAUGCCAGUCAACGUUGACAUAAUGUAUCCACAGAUAUUUGAAGGCUUUCUACCUGUUUGUAAUUUGUAUAUUCACAUGGAGCGCUUACUUCCAGUGUGCCGGAUUAAUGACUUUCAAAUUGCUGAUGUUUUAAACCCAAAAACAAAGAGGACAGCUCGCUUCUUGAGCGGCAUUCUCAACUUUGUAAAUUUCAGAGAAUUCCGACGUGAAGUCUACUUGGAGUUACAACUGAACUACAAAUCGGCUAUGGAGAAACACCAACAACUGGAGACUGCAAAUCGGGAGGCAGCAAUGAAGCUGGAGAAACUGAAUACUGUUCCAGUUGAACAUCAAGCAGAGGUCAAGCAACUGACAGAUAACAUUCGAGAGCUGGAACAACUACUAAGGCAAGACUAUCGUCGGAAACAAACAGCUUUGCAAGAAGUGAUUUCACAAAAGAAGUCAGAUAUUGCAGAGAGUACCCGAAAACUGAAUGAGCUUAAAGUAACAAUGGCUACUUUGAAAGAAGAACAAGAGCAGCUGAAAUCAAAAAUUGUGGAGAGUCCAGAGGAACUGAAAAAUUACAAAGAACUGAUGAAAGAGACUGUUAAGAAACUCAAGAAAUCUAAGCAAGAAGUUAUUGAGAAAUACGAAGGUUAUAGAGACCUAGUUGAGGUUCUGCCGUCAUGCCAACUGGAGGUGCAGUUAUACCAAAAGAAGAUGGAAAGACAGGGAGCAAAUGUGGAGAGACUGGCCAAUGUAUUAUCAGAGGUCAGAAAUCUGGAGGACCAGCUUGAGAGUGCUCAGAUAGAGCUGAAAAAAGGGAAGACAGAUGAAAUGUCCUUAAAGAGACUGGUCACUGCAAAACAUGAGAAGCUGUCUACAGCUGAAAUAAGGAUAAAAAAGAAGCGUGAAGAUGUUGAGCAAUAUAAGCACACUGUAUUUGAAUAUUGUAACAGAGUUCAGGAGAAGAGGGGUGCUGUAUAUGAUAAAGUGACAGCCAUUCACAAGGAAAUCCAACAGACAAGGUUCAAAAUUCAGCAGCUGAAUGAGAAUGCUGAAAAAGAAGAAAUGAAAGCAAAGGAAAUAUACCUAAAUCUGAAGGCUGGGUUGGAGAAGCAUCAUGACUCUCUCAUUAACACAGCAAAGAGUUAUGCAGCCUCAAGAGAAGAUAAAAUUGCUGAACUGAAGAAUGGGCUGCUUAGAGUUCAGACUCCUGGAAGUAGUUCUUAGACCUGUCUUCACUUCAAUUCCACUUUCAUUAUGUUUAUUUUCAUAUCUGAACUCAAGAGCUUGUGCUUUGUAUGGGAUGGAUAAUUAUUCCAGGCAAAGGCCAGCUUUCUCAAAAAACCAUGUCAGAACACAUUUAGCUUUCUGGAUGGAUUCUGAUGUCAUGAGCUCACUUAUGUGGAUAAGAAAACAUUUGGUUUAGCCUGUCUGUAUUGUUUCAGUCAACAUCUGAUUUUAGUGGUAAUAAUGCAAGUCUUGCUAACACCA